AUGGCGCUCGACGACUAUCGCAGGAAUCAGGACAAUGAUGUCCGGCUAGUUGAUUUCCUUGACGACAAGUUACAGGCUUUUGCCGACUUGGAAACCCUAGAUUCACUACUGGACAGCGUCAAAGCACAACAAGACUUGCUUAAGCAGCAGCUAAGUGAUGCCCGCAACGACCAUCAAAUCGCCCAGCAAGCCUCGAGUCAACAUGCGACUUCGAUCAAAGAAAAAGGCGCCGCCUUCCAGCGAGACCAACAAGACCUGGACCGCCGUCUUCAGGUCGUCACACAAUCAGACACCAGCUAUGAUGCCCUACAAAAGUUUGAGACCAGUAUGGAACGACUGAGGAAGCUUGACAUGGCCUCGGGCUAUGCUGAGAUACUGCAAGAGGUGGACGCUUUGCGACAAGAGAUCAAUGAACAGCUGGGAAAGUCAGACAAGGCUGCUCUGACCGCAUACAAGAGAUUGUCCGCUCUCGCUACCGGUCUACAGCCUCUGUCUGAUGCGGCAGAGGGUGCCGCUCCUCAUCUCAUUGUCCAUGUCUUGAGAACUGCCCAUAGUGCACGCACCCAGAUCGAGCAAUCUUUAGCAGCCGACUUCGAAACAACUUUGACCAAGAUGGGCUGGCCAAAGCAGGGCAUCUCGGUGCCUCCGGGUCUGCAGGCAGAAUGGAACAUCCACAUCGAGAAGCUCAUCGAUCUUCAAAAAUCCGAGCUCAUUGCAGCAGAUGCAGCAAACAGUUCAAAGACAUCCAAGGAUGAGCCUGCUGUUCUGCUUCCUCUCGAGAUCAUGGUCAGAUCGCUUGAGCUUCGUUUCAACUACCACUUCUCUGGAGAUCGUCCUACCAACCGUCUGGACAAGCCCGAGUACUUCUUGAACCAUGUCUUGGAUCUUAUCAACAGCUACUGCGCAUUCUUCCAAGCGAAUUUGCAGCCACAGCUCCUGGCUAACUUCCGAGGCUCCGAUCUUGCAUUUAUACCUGCCUACAUUGAAGCAACGUCGGCUCUAAUCACUGCUUUGAUCCCCAUGUUGCAGAAGAAGUUGCGUUCGAUCCUUCCUCAAGUCUCGGAACAGCCCCAAUUGUUCAGCAACUUGAUGCAUGAAGUCAUGGCGUUCGAUGCGACCAUUCAGGAGGAAUGGAAUUAUACGCCGCUCUCUCCCGCUACCGUCUGGCGUGGUCUGGCAUACUUCAUCCUCGAAAAGGAGUCCUACUUCUCUAAGUGGCUGACCGUCGAGAAAGACUUUGCGCUGGCACGCUAUCGAGACAUUAUCUCUGAUCGAUCGACCGGAGAGCUUGAUUAUGAUUCAGUAUCUGCAGACAGCACUAAGCCUACCAAAGCGGCGGUCCGUGUCAAUGAUCUUCUUGAGACCAUUACGGACCGCUACAAGUCUUUGUCUUCAUUCAGCCAGAAAUUCCGUUUUUUGUUUGAUAUACAGAUCGAGAUCUUCGAGAGAUUCCGUGGCAGAAUCAAUGACAGCCUACAAAUUUUCUUGACAAACACCACAGCCGUCGGGCGUGCCGUGCACGGCGUCACCAAAGAGGAGCAAGCUGAGCUCGCAGGAGUCAAAGGCAUGGAUCACCUUUGUCGUAUAUUUGGCUCUGCAGAAUACCUCGAAAAGGCCAUGCGUGACUGGAGCGACGAUGUCUUCUUCCUUGAGAUCUGGGAGGAACUGCAAUACAGAGCUGCCAACAAGAUCGACAUCAAGGGUGACCUUAACAUGACCGAGAUCGCAGCAAAGACAAACGCUGCCAUCAGCAACGCAGGAGAGAACCAAGAGCUCGAGGGCGCCUUGUUCGAACAGACGGCAGCAAGCUAUCGCGGACUGCGUGUUCGCUGCGAGGAAGUCAUUUGCGAUACCUUGAUCUACCACCUCCGCGACGUCCUGAGACCGUACGGCCGCAUCAAUCCUUGGGCAUCUCUUUCGGCUGCAGGCAGUGGUGGAGAGACGAGUUUGACUGCUGAGCUGGAUCCUCCGCUCACUCUCUUAGACACACAUCUGUCUUUCUUGUCGCGCGCCUUGUCGAAGUCUGCAUUGCGUCGUAUCUGCCGCGUUGUCGGUCACAGUCUUCAGAUCACGCUCUGGGACACUGUGCUGCUCCGACACUCUUUCUCAACUGCUGGCGCGUCGCAGUUCAUGUCCGAUUUCAAGGGUAUCUGCAGCAUUUUCGAUCGUUAUCUUGGUGCCGGCACUGGCCAAAACGUCAUGCAGCGUCUUGACAAUGGAUUGACAUUGCUCGAUCUGCCUGUGAGGGGGGAGAUCCCUGUCGAAGUCGAUGCUGAAGGUUCUGGUGAAACAGCUUCAGAGAGAAAAUGGGGACUCUUCGAAGUUGAGAGAAGAGUGUUCAUGGACAAUGAGGCCGCCCGAGAUGUGCUAGAAGAGAUGGGCUUGGAAAUCUUGACUGAAAGUGACGCUCGUGCUGUUCUGGGUAAGCGAGUGGAACUUAGCAGUUGA